UCUCGCAACGUGUAGGCAAAUUCGAAAAAGGCGGCAAGAAUGAAGACCCACGGAAGUAGCAGAGCAGGGGAGGCGGAGAUGGAGUCAUUUUAAUGAUGGAGGUGGAGAUAGAUGCGUUCGAGAGCGGAGGUACACGAGAACUCAUGCCCCCCACCACCCGCUCCGACGCUCUCCUCCCCACUUCUCUUUCUCACAUGGACAGCUUCUCCGCCAUCACCAUCGCCAUUAACACUCUUCUCAACGCGCACGACUCUCUGUUUAUAACUUUAUACUUCCUGGAUUUUCCCGUUGAGAUCGCCUGCUUUCUGUGAAGAUGCUGUUAGUCCCAUGUUCCGGAAUCCGCUUACUGGAGAAGAAGGCCGUCUCCGAUUUCCUGAACAAGGGGAGUUGAGUUCUCACAACAUGACGGACGAUCUUCUCAAGGAUGUACUUGGUGUGAAAACGUUCAAGAAGUCACAGUUCGUGAUGAGGACACUCCUUAUUUUUGCUUUUGUCUUUGGAGCUUAUAUCUGCUUCGUGUGUCUGAAGCAAAUAAGUCCUCAUGCAGAUCCUAGUUAUAAUCUAGCAACGGUUCAGGUGUUCAGAAGGCACCACUGUAACGCUUCUGGAUUUGAUCCCAAGGAGAGAGCUUAUUUGCACUACCCAAAGCCAAAAAAUUUCAGCAGGGGAGAAUGCCUUUGCAAUCCUGUCCGUUUCUUUGCAAUUCUGUCAAUGCAAAGAUCUGGAAGUGGAUGGUUUGAAACUUUACUGAAUAGCCAUCUCAAUAUCAGCUCUAAUGGGGAGAUAUUUUCUUCAUUUCCAAGGCGUAGCAAUGUUUCAUCAGUUUUUAUGACAUUAGAUCAGGUUUACAAUCUUGACUGGUAUAGUAGUGCAGCCAAAAACUCAUGCUCAGCUGCGGUUGGUCUCAAGUGGAUGCUGAAUCAGGUGAGAAAGUUUUGGUUGCUUGCGGGCUUAAUGAAGUAUCAUGAGGAAAUCGUUUCAUACUUCAAUCGAAGACAGGUUUCAGUGAUAUUCCUCUUCCGGAAAAACCUUCUGCAUAGAAUGGUGUCGGUUCUUGCAAAUACUUACGACCAAAGUGCAAAGCAGAUCAAUGGCACGCAUAGAUCCCACGUGCAUUCACAGAUAGAGGCAGACCUUCUGUCAAAAUACAAGCCCAGCAUAAAUUCAACUCUACUAUUGACCCAUCUACAGCAGACGGAGGAGACGGCUGCUGAAGCUUUGAAGUACUUUAAGAGCACCCGCCAUAUUAUCCUGUACUACGAGGACAUUGUCAGCAACCAAACGAGGCUGAUCGAUGUACAGGAGUUCCUUGGAGUGCCAGUAAUGAACCUUACUAGCCGCCAGGUCAAGAUCCACACCAGGCCCCUCUCUCAUCAGGUUGAGAACUGGAGCGAUGUGUAUAACACCCUCAAAGGGACUCGCUACCAAGAUUUUCUUGAGCAGUGAAAAAGUGUACAUAACCACCGUCUUUUCUUUAUCGAGAUCCAAUUUGCCUGACCAGUCCUAUUCGUUCUGCAGAACGAAGCAACGAAAGUUCUGGCCAUCAC